GGAGACGGGAAGGAAGGUAUUUUUCGAGCGAGAGGGAGGGAGGCGAGGGAGCGGAGCGAGGAACAGCAGGAAGCAGAAGAGAGACGGGACGGGACGGGACGAGAGAGACGAGCGCAGCGCGGAUCGAUCGACGACCGGAGCAGCGGCAGCAGCAGCAGCAGCAGAAGAGUCGAGCGGAGCAGAUCGAUCGACGACGUCUGUCUGUCUUUCUGUCUGUCGGUCUGUCUGUCUGCCUGUCUGCCUGUGUAGACGCCGAGCGGACGAGGAGGAGGAGGAGGAGGAGGAGGAGGAGGCGCUGCCCUGCCCUGCCCCGGCCUGCCCUGCUGCCCGAGUUCACAGCAAGCAAGGAAUUGUCGUGGGGUUGUCAAGAAGGGCGGGCGAGCGAGAGCCUUAGAGUGCGAGCACGGCAAGGCCAGGCCAGGCCCGGCAACGGACGAGCGAGCGAGUGGAGCAGCAGCAGCAUCAGCGACGACGACGACGACGACGAGCGAGUCGUAGCAAGGAGGAGGAGGAAAGGCGGAGCGGAGCGGCGGAGAAAGAGGAGGAGAUGUUUUUGUUCGAUUGGUUCUACAGUGUUCUUGCGACACUAGGGCUAUGGCAGAAGGAGGCCAAAAUUUUGUUCCUCGGUCUCGAUAACGCCGGAAAGACGACCUUGCUACAUAUGUUGAAAGACGAGAGGUUGGCUCAACAUCAGCCCACGCAGUAUCCCACCUCGGAAGAAUUAAGUAUUGGAAAAAUCAAGUUCAAAGCUUUUGACCUGGGAGGCCACCAGAUCGCACGGCGAGUUUGGAAGGACUACUACGCCAAGGUGGACGGCAUAGUGUACUUGGUGGAUGCGGCUGACAAGGAGAGGUUUGCUGAGUCGAAGAAGGAGCUCGAUGCGCUUCUUUCGGAUGAUUCGCUCGCUCAAGUUCCGUUCCUAGUAUUGGGCAAUAAAAUUGACAUUCCUUACGCAGCUUCGGAAGAUGAGCUUCGGUCACACUUGGGCCUUACCAACUACACGACAGGCAAGGGCAAGGUCAACCUAGGCGAGAGUCACAUGAGGCCGAUUGAGGUCUUCAUGUGCAGUAUUGUCCGAAAGAUGGGCUACGGUGAUGGAAUCAAGUGGAUGUCUCAGUACAUAAAGUAAAGCUUUACUGGUUCCUGAUUUCAAAAAAUGAUGGGAAGGAGUCCAGGUGUCCAUAUUCUGUGUCAAUUAGGUCUUCGCAUCGAAGAGAUCGUGUUUGCUGUAUGAGACAGUGAAGGUAAUUUCUGGGCUGUUAUUACAAAUUGAACUCCACCAAUUUUCUACGGGGACUGGUAGGAUCUACUUCGCAGUCUCCUUCUCCUGGUGCAUUAGCAGGCCAAGAAGUUGAGCGCUAGCUGCGGCACUAGUCUGCCAGUCCGGCCUCUUUGUUGCCAACUAGUUCAAGGGCGUUGCUUUUUACACGACAUGCAUUCACAUAUUGCUAUAUUCAGUUAUAUUCUGGCACUUACCGACUUCAGCUUUUUAUUACUUUGGAUAUUGCCGUGUCUUUGCUACUCAAUGAAGGUCGGAGGUAAAGAGUUUCCCCAACACGGCUCAGCACUUGACAUUACACGAGCGUGUCGGAAGAGCCUCAUUUUCUUUACCAUAUGGAGUAUGUUCAUCCGGAUUACUCUUUUCUCUGAUGUGCUGUAUUGAACUUUUAAACCCAUAUUGAGUUAGUAUCGUAGUCCCAGUUUCAGAAGGAAAAUAAUUUGCAAGGCCCUCCUCGAAGUUAAAUUUUUCCAGGAUUUGGGAAGAAAUUUUUCUAUGCAACCG